CUCAAAUUAAAGUCCUUUUAGUUUUUAGUUGGCUUAUUUUGUCUAAGAAUAUACGAGAAAGUAGUGGGUGUUUGUGCUUAAAAAAUUGAGCCACAAUUGAUUAGUAAAUUUACAACUCCACAAUCAAAGCAAUUUCAUGGGUGACUGAGUCACUGAGUUUCAACUUCCAAUCUCUGCAAUAAUAAAAACUGUUGAUUUCUUGUCUGCAUAGUAUCAACUAUCAAAUAUCACCGCUUUUUUUUUAUACCCAUGUCUUUCUCUCUCUAGAUCUUUCUCUGCUCAACCUAUUUCUCUCUCUUUCUCAAGGGUUUUAGCCUGAAAUCUCAAAAGUUGACUCUUUUUUUCUCUCAUUUUCAAGUAUUUAUGCUCAGGGUUAUAUGAAGGUUAAUAUCGUGAGAAAAGCUGCUGCUUUUUAAGCUUAAUUUGACAUAUUUCUUGUUAUUGUCAUUUAUUUUUGGCUAGAGAUUGUGCAAAUGGAUCCACAAUUGGAAGAAUUAUAUGGGACUUUGCAUCGAAUCCAGUUCAAUGAUCAGAAGGUCCCAAUUUUACCCAAUAACAAUGUUGUUAAUACUGUGAGAUUGCAAGAUUCUAAUGUGAAUCUGAGAUUUGCAAAUCCUGAAUUGAUUCCACAAAACCCAGAUUUUAAUUUGGUUGUGCCAUCAGUAGGUCAGGGCCGUCAAGAAUCCGAGUUAUCCAUCCAUGAAGAUUAUGAUUUUAGUGAUGUUGUUCUUAAAUACAUCAAUCAAGUUCUUAUGGAAGAGGAUGAGGAAGAGAGAAGCCAUGUAUAUCACGAGCCUUCGGCUCUUGAAGCAGCAGAAAAAACAUUGUAUGAGGUCAUAGGGAAGCAGUAUCCUUCUCCACAUGACCAAUAUAAGCUACCAGAUGUUAAGCUUGAUAGCUGGAAUACCAGUGGAGUUAGCGAUGGCUGGAAUACCAACGGUGUAAGUGAUCGCAUCACUGAUAGUUACAAUUACAGUGCAGCAUGUAGUAGUAGUGAUGUCGUGGACUCCAAGUGGUCCAUUAACCAUUUUGGAUAUAACCCUGUACGAACAAUUGAUUUUUCUGUGCCUUCCGUGAACCCAUCAUUGAGGCCGUCAUACAUCUCAUCGAAUAGCAAAGGGAGACAAUAUGAUAGUAUGCUAUUGAACUACGAGCCAUCAUUUAGCUCAGCAAGUAGUGCAAUUGGAAUAGCGGAUGCAACAGCGCAAUCUCCCGUGAGUGCCCUUAAUGUGUCUGAGUUAUUUAAUGAUAGUCAGUCAAUGUUGCAGUUCCAGAAAGGGCUCGACGAGGCGAGCAAGUUUCUUCCAAAGGCUUUUUUAUAUAAAGGUGUGACGAACCAUGCCUCCUCUAAAAAGCUAGAGGGUGCAUCCCCCAAUGAUUCAGCAGUUCAUUUGGAAAACAAACAUAGCAAUAAGACUCCAGAGUCAAUGAUGAGCGGAAAGAAGCAUCAUAGUCGAGAUGGGUUGCAGUCAGAGGAAAGGAGAGAGAAUAAGCAGUCAGCUGUUACCCACAUCUCUGAUGAGGCAGUUGUGAGAUCAGAAAUGUGGGAUAAGGUACUAUUGUGCAGUGGAGGCAAAAAUGAUGCUGCUCUUCGAGAAGCUUUACAGAGUGAAAAAAACAAAAAUACAGAAAUUGCUCAAGCAAAGGAGUCUAGUAGUGGGAGAGGUCGAGGUAAGAGAAAAGGCAGUAAGCGAGAGGUAGUAGAUUUGAGAUCCCUUUUAAGCCUGUGUGCGCAAGCUGUUGGAUCGAAUGAUCAGAGGAGUGCAAAUGAUUUACUUAAGAAAAUUAGACAACAUUCUUCUCCCACUGGUGAUGGAAAUCAAAGAAUGGCACACUAUUUUGCAGAUGGUUUAGAGGCACGCCUUGCUGGUGUUGGAACCCCUAUAUAUAGUUGUCUUCUGACUGGCCCAGCAAAUGCUGUUGAUAUCCUGAGAGGUUACCACAUGUUUUUAGCCGUAUGCCCAUUUAAAAAAAUCGGGAAUUUCUUCUCUAAUAGAACCAUUACAGAGGUAGCAGCAAAAGCAACACGACUCCAUAUAAUUGAUAUUGGUAUAGUCUAUGGUUUCCAAUGGCCUUGUCUGUUCCAGCUUCUUUCAUCGAGACCCGGUGGACCCCCAAAAAUCCGUAUCACUGGAGUCGAUAAUCCACAACCCGGGUUUCGACCUGCCAAACGGGUAGAGGAGACAGGGCAACGCUUGAAGAACUAUGCAGAGUCUUUUAACAUACCAUUUGAGUUCAAUGCUGUUGCAAAGAAGUGGGAAACACUUACCAUUGAAGAUCUCAAGAUUGAUAGUGAUGAGGUACUUGUUGUGAAUAGUAUGUUCAGACUAAAAUAUAUACCGGAGGAAACAGCUAUGGUGGAAUGCCCGAGAGAUAUGGUUCUUAAUCUUGUAAGACAGAUAAAACCAGCUGUUUUCAUACAAGGUGCUGUUAACGGGGCUUUCAAUUCCCCAUUUUUUAUUACUCGAUUCCGUGAGGCUCUCUUCCAUUUUUCAACUCUGUUUGAUUUGCUUGAGACUAAUCUUCCCCGGGAUCUUCAAGAAAGGAUACUGGUUGAAAGAGAGAUAUUUGGGCGACAAGCGAUGAAUGUGAUUGCUUGUGAGGGUUUCGAGAGGAUAGAAAGGCCAGAGACAUACAAGCAGUGGCAGGUUCGAAACGAAAGGAUUGGCUUCAGACAGCUGCCUUUAAACCCCGAGAUAGUGAGUAUGGCAAAAAAGAGGGUGAAAUCUGUAUAUCACAAAGACUUUUCCAUUGACGAAGAUGGUCAUUGGUUGUUGCUCGGAUGGAAGGGGAGAAUUGUCUAUGCGCUGACAACUUGGGAUCCCGUUUCUGAAGAUAUAUUGGGAGCCAAUGAUGAGUAAUCAUAACUCGUGUAGCAUCCAGACUCUUGCUGCUAUGAGUCAAAUAUGAUCAUAUGCUUCUUAAUUUAUAUGACUUGGUUAUCUGCAAAAGAAACCAACGACGAGUGAUUAACAUGUACAAGGACCAUGUACCAAGUCUCGGUGCAAGAUAACCAACAUCUAUUCCUAAGAGUGGUUUAGCAUUUGGACAAAUUCGAUCCUUCACACGCACAAACAGCUCACAGCUGAAGGAAGCCAGAGGAACUGUUGGACGACUAUUACCUUCGCGUGCAAAAGUAACAUACAACAUAAGCAAGCCAGAGAGUCUGUUGUUCUAUCAGCUAGUUUUUGAGGUUUUUCUGGGCAAAUUUUGCUUCUUUUGGGGGGUUUACAGGUGGACCCUUAUCAGAGUUCAAAGCUAUGGCUGUAAACAAGUUGCAUUACAAAAGUGCAAUGCAACAUAACUAGGUAGUGCAAUUGGAAACUCCAGUAUGUUUACCUUUCUAAGUUUCUAGUUUUUGGUUGGUUAAUGUUAUUAGCCAACAUUUAGAUA